GCGACGUCGGCAGCAGCGGCGGAGGCAGUCCGACACGAGGACGAGGACUCGACGCGCUGGGAGGAACAUGCUGACCAGCCGCUUCACUAGAUCGACUCAUCUUGCAGGUGUAUACCUGCUGCUGCUUACGUGUUCGUGCAGCGGUUUCGACGCUCACUUGCGUGGACCCAGCUUCCUCAUUGAACCGUCUUCGAGACUCGAGUUUUCAAAUUCGAGUGGCGCCUGGUUGGACUGUGCAGCAACUGGAAGUCCACCACCCAACAUCGAUUGGUCUACGGCCGAUGGUCUACCUGCAGGCGAUGUACCAGGAAUACGAAGACUUCUUAAAAACGGUACCCUCGUGCUUCUGCCCUUUCCUGCUGCAGCUUACCGACAGGAUGUCCAUAGUGCGACCUACAGGUGUGUCGCUAGUAACUCGGUUGGAAGGGUUCUCAGUCGCGAUGUGCAGGUGCGCGCAGUGGUUGCUCAGGCAUACAAGGUGGACGUGGAGGUGAUAGGAGGUGCAUCACGGGGAUGUACAGCGGUGCUGCGCUGCGUAGUACCGAGCUUCGUUCGAGAUCUUGUACGAGUAGUAUCUUGGUUACAAGAGCCAGCAUUCUAUAUUUACCCUUCAUUACAAGGAGAUGGAAAGUUUCAUCUGCUACCGACAGGAGAGCUACUGGUUCAUGGUUUAGAAUUCACGGAUCAAGUACCUGGUUAUAGGUGUCGUACUAUGCAUCGCCUUACGCGACAGGUCGUUGUUAGUUCCGUGGCGAACGUUAGAAUAGCCGAUCAUCGGGGUGUCAUGCCGCCUGUCAUACUUGACCAUUCAGAAAACAUGCACGUCGCCCAAGAUGAGUCAACCUCCCUUGUGUGCGUUGCUCAAUCCUGUCCUACUCCCGAAUACAGGUGGUAUACCCAAACGGGAGCUGAACCGAUGCUGGUAUUACCAGGUCCUAGGACAAGAUUAUUGGGUCCGGUGUUGGCCAUUGAAGCGGUUACCCUCGAAGAUAGUGGCGUUUAUAGGUGUGCCGCUUCGAAUCCUGGAGGCGAGGCCAGUGCCGAGCUUAGAUUGGUUGUAACGGCACCCCUGCACGUGGAGGUAACGCCGGCACUGCUUAGCGUUCACCUGGGUGGCAAUGCAGAAUUCCGCUGUGAAAUCGGCUCUCAUCCACAAGCGAGUCCGCACUUCAUCAGUUGGUACAAAGAUGGACGGCAGCUACCGGGAACCGGCCGUCAAUCGGAGCUGCUACGCAUUAACAGCAUCGGUCGAGAAGACCGAGGCAUGUAUCAAUGUAUCGUAAGGCGCUCUGAAGGAGAUACGGCCCAAGCCUCCGCUGAGCUACAACUUGGAGAUGCACCACCGGUGCUUCUCUACUCCUUCAUUGAGCAGACCCUACAACCCGGUCCCGCCGUUUCCCUAAAGUGCUCUGCUGCGGGCAAUCCCACACCUCAGGUUUCCUGGGCUCUCGACGGCUUUCCUUUACUUACUGUUGGAAGGUAUGUGAUAGGUCAGUAUGUGACAGUUCAUGGAGAUGUGAUAUCGCACGUAAACAUUACUCGAGUAGUGGUGGAAGACGGCGGGGAGUAUUCGUGUACGGCCGAAAAUCGUGCGGGUAAGGUGACGCACGCAGCCAGACUUAACGUAUACGGUUUGCCUUACAUCCGCCUGAUCCCAAAGGUGACCGCGGUGGCCGGGGAGACGUUGAGGCUAAAGUGUCCAGUCGCGGGCUAUCCGAUUGAGGAAAUACGCUGGGAGCGAGGUGGUCGAGAGCUACCCGAUGACUUGCGUCAGAAAGUUAUGCCUGACGGCACCCUCAUCGUUUCAAGCGUGCAGAAACAGGUGGACAGCGGUGCAUAUACAUGCUGGGCUAAAAAUAAGCAGGGUCACAGUGCCAGGCGCAGCGGCGAGGUCACCGUCAUUGUUCCUCCCAAAAUUAGUCCGUUCACCGCCGAUCAUGAUCUUCACCUCGGUGAGCGCACGACUCUCACAUGCUCAGUGUCUCGGGGCGAUCUACCGCUGACCAUCUUCUGGCUGAAGGAUGGACGUACGAUGGGUCCUUCAGAACGCGUUACCGUCACCAGCGUCGACCAAUUCAACAGCAUAUUGAUGAUCGAAAGCUUAUCGCCCGAUCACAACGGCAAUUAUUCCUGCGUCGCUCGUAAUCUUGCCGCUGAGGUAUCUCACACGCAGCGGCUCGUGGUUCAUGUGCCGCCUCGAUGGAUUGUCGAACCAAGUGAUACAAGUGUCGAGCGAAAUCGCCACGUGGCACUGCACUGCCAAGCUCAGGGUGUUCCAACGCCCAAUAUCGUGUGGAAAAAGGCAACUGGAGGUAAGUCUGGCGAAUACGAAGAACUGCGGGAACGACCCUAUACUAAAAUCCUGGGCAACGGCACAUUGCUGCUGCAACACGUGAAGGAGGACAGGGAAGGUUUCUACUUGUGUCAAGCGAGUAAUGGUAUAGGCUCCGGCAUUGGAAAAGUUGUUCAACUCAAAGUUAAUUCAUCUCCAUUUUUUGCCGCGCCCUCGCGCUUAGUAACUGUCAAGAAAUCUGAUACAGCUACUCUACAUUGUGAAGUUCACGGGGACAAACCAGUGAGCGUAAGCUGGUUUAAAGGUGGUAAAGAUGAAAUGAAUCCCUCAACGAAUUAUCGAGUAACGGUAAAACAAGAGUCUACCCCCGAUGGUGUCGUCGCCCAACUCCAAAUAUCCUCAGCCGAAGCCUCUGAUAGUGGGGCUUAUUUCUGCCAAGCAAGCAAUCUUUACGGAAGGGACCAGCAACUCGUUCAACUACUCGUACAAGAGCCACCAAUGGCACCGGGCAAUCUUGAAACGGCAAUGGUCGCUAGCCGAAGCAUAAACAUCAAGUGGCAGCAUAAGUCCCAGGAUACGAGCGAGGUGAGUAAGUACAUACUCCAGUAUAAGGAGGGUGAUGGUAUGUGGCAGCAACAGGAACUUAGUGGCCCUCCCCUACCUUACGCUGCACUUGUCGACGAACUCAAACCCGCGACGAGAUAUACGAUCAGGGUAAUAGCCGAGGGCCCAGCCGGACGUUCGGCACCCUCGAGUGAGCUUGUGGUGAAAACCGAGCCCCAAAGGCCUGCAGGUCCGCCCCUCAAUCUUGCUGCACGCGCCCUCUCAUCUACGGAAAUUCUUGUCACUUGGCUCCCACCUCUGCCGGAGCUCAGACAUGGUGAUGUUGAGGGAUUCAAUGUUGGCUACAGGGAAACUGGCUCGGCAAACCCGUCGUUUAAUUUCACUUCGGUAUCGGGUGAUGGUGAUGAAGGUGGGGCGGAGCAGCGACUCACAGGUUUACGUCCAUAUACGCGCUACACCCUCAUCGUGCAAGCCUAUAAUCAGGUGGGCUCUGGUCCACUCUCUGAUCUUCUCACCACCCAAACUCUUGAAGACGUCCCGGGAAUGGCACCGGAAGAUGUGAGAUGCGCUGCCCUGACGUCUGAAUCGCUACAAAUAUCAUGGCAACCACCGCCUACUAGCCACACUAACGGUAUUAUACAAGGCUACAAACUUCAUUACGAACCGAUUCUUGAGGAGGCUUGGCCGAGUAUCGAUGAAAUGGAGGUGCGUAAAACAAGUGCUCUAACGACAGUACUUACGGGACUACGAAAGUACACGAAUUACAGCAUACAAGUGAUAGCAUUCACGAGGGUCGGCGAUGGAGUACCAACGCGAGCCACUUAUUGUCAUACUGAAGAGGACGUGCCGGGCAGCCCAGCAGACAUAAAAGUUGUGGUGAGCUCGCCGAAAGCACUAUUUAUCUCUUGGCUACCUCCUGUCGAGCCCAAUGGCGUCAUAACCAAGUACAAUUUAUAUACGAGAGUUGUAGACGGGAGAGAAGAGCUCAACCACGGCAAAAGAACGCUACCUACUGGUGAUACGUAUUUUGAAGCCACGGGACUUCAACAGCACGUUGAAUACCAAUUUUGGGUGACAGCCAGUACGCGAGUUGGCGAAGGCCAGAACUCGAAGGUCGCCGCUCAGGUGCCGACGAACCGUGUACCUGCACGUAUAACAUCUUUCGGAGACCAAGUGGUGCACCCUUGGCGAGGCUCAGUUACUUUGAGUUGCAAUGCCGUCGGUGAGCCCACAAGUCGCGAAUGGUACAAAUCGAAUCUCGAUCAGGUGCGCACCGAUUCCAGUAGAAAUAUUCAGAUACUACAGACGGGGGAGAUUGUAUUUUCGAACCUGCAACCUCAAGAUGCCGGUAAUUACACAUGCCAGGUCGAGAAUUCUCAGGGUAGCGACAGACUUCAUUACACUCUCGUCGUUCAAGUACCGCCUAGUGCACCUGUGCUCUACAUCUCGAGUUCGACCUCAAAUAGCAUAUUGUUGCAUUGGAAGACUGGUUAUAAUGGAGGUGCAUCGCUCACUAAAUACACACUGCAUUAUCGUACCGCUCAUGGUACUUUGGAGGAAAUGCAACUUUCUCGACGCGCUACAAGUCACGAGCUUAAAGGUCUGCUUUGCGGCAACACCUAUCAAUUGUAUCUGAGUGCACACAAUAAAAUCGGGAGCAGUCCGGCUUCGCCUGUGCUUUCGGUAAGGACGCAAGGGCAGCCCCCAGGUAUCCCUCCGGCGGCAGCCUUUCUCUCGCCAAACUCGACGUCCCUCGUCCUGAAACUGAGUGCCUGGCCUGAUAAUGGCUGUUCGAUUUUGUAUUUCGUCAUCCAAUACCGACCAAUAAAUGAAUUUCACUGGACUCUAGUCUCGAACAACGUGAAAAUGCAGCGACGCUUCGUCGUCACAAAUCUCGCUUCAAGUUCUGUUUAUCAACUUAAAGUUGAGGCCUACAACAUCGCUGGAAAUAACCAAGCUGAAUUCACUUUUGUUACCCUUACGAAAGAAGGCGCACCACCAGCAGAGCUAUCGGAACGUGGUACUGGUUAUCCAGUAGCUUUCUAUGCUGAUCUAAAAAUUAUGCUACCGUUGAUGGUAGCUCUGAGUGCCCUUUUGCUGGCAGCUGCGAUGAUUGCCACCCGUUGGCGGAAUAGGUACACAACUGAUCGCGUCCAACGCCCGAUAAAGGAGUCUCAGGAGAAUCAGCAAAAUGCGGAAACCCAACGUGAGCGUUAUUAUGCGACGAUUCACAAGGUUGCUCUCCAGACUAAUGCCGGGGCACCCGACAAGAUUCCAGAGACGGCGGAGGAUAUCUCUCCGUACGCUACGUUCCAGCUGUCGGAAGCCGCCGGGGCCGGCCUGGGCGCCUUAGCUGGAUUGGGCGGUCUGACAAGCGCAGGGGAAGUUCCCGGGAGUGGUCUUCAUCCCAACAACACCCUAUUACACAGCUUUAUGUAUCACGAGCACGCAAUGACGGAGGGCUGCGCAAGUCCACCACCUGCAACGACGACUCUGAAGAGCGUGUCAUCGCGUCGGCGUCAGCAGAGGAAGCAGCACCAGCAGCAGCAUCAGGGCAACGUCGAGAGCGACGAGAGCGAAUCUGAUGCAGAUCAGUUAACGAGCUCGCGCACAGAGUCCUCGAACCAGCUAGAUGCCGGCAAGCUCAAACACAUUCGAGCGGUUUCGGACUUCAUGUAUCAUGGUACAUCAAGCACUUCUUCGGACAUUUCACCAAUGUCCGAACAAAAAUCACUACCACGACGUGGUCGUUCAAGAUGGCACGUGCCCAGCAGGAGCUCCUUACGUACGAUAUUGCCACCAGUGUCGGUGGCAGAAACCGCCUUUGGCGGCCAAUCCCAAACUUCUUCGGAGCAGCGUCCUCAUCAGGAGAUGAGCGAGGCCGAGUGCGAUGUCGACUCCUUGAAGAAGCUCAAGCUGGGACUACGAAGCUCCCUGUGGUCACGACCGACUGGUCAACAGGGUAAUCCUUCGUCGGAUUACUCCAUUGCCGUUUAGCUCGCGCCCGGCCCCCGGCUUAGCUCGGCCGUGACGCCCGGGCAAAUCGAGCACCCAAAAUACUUACGUCAGUCAAGACGCUGACACAGUUAUAGUCAACACUCUUGCGCAAGAAAUGUUAUGUACAUAGGUGGCGAACUCAAGGGUGUCCAAUAACCAAGUCCGCGCUUUCUGACCUCGGGAUAAUGUAUCUCACUCAUGCUUGCACAUUCUUUCCUUUUCUAUGGCACGUUAUUAAUAUGAUAAUACCCUAUUUUUUCUCCUUACGUAUCCAAUGCUGAUUAUUUUGAGAUUAAUUAACUAACGUUAAUUCCGAAA